UGGAGAGCAUGAUCAGUUAACUAACUCUAUACUACAUCAUUGCCCGUUCGCGGCCUUCAACCACCACAACCUUGUUAGCCUUUCAAGCGCCAUUCGUUUAUUUUAUUUUAUUUUUUUCUUUUUAAAAAUAUUAUAUUUAAGAAAAAAAAUCUCUCACCAUGUUCCCUACCGCCGCCCGUUUCUCCCAGGCAGUUCGUGUGACCCUCUUCACUCGUGUCGGCUGCGGACUGUGCGACACGGCAAAACACGCCGUAACUCAAUUACACAAGCGGCGGCCCUUCGAAUACUCCGAAUUGGAUAUCAUGGUCCCUACCAACAAGCCCUGGAAGGAUGUUUAUGAGUUCGACGUCCCCGUCUUACACGUCCAGUCGGUCAAGGGUCAAUUGGAAAACGGAGAAGCCGAUCUCUCGGAUCCAAAGAAACUGUUCCAUCGGUUCACUGAGCAAGACGUCGAAACGUUGGUCGACGAGGCCGAGAAGGCGAAAUCGUGAAAUCUAGACCGCAUAUAGCUAAUGGAGUCAUAUCUCAAUCCAACCUCAUAUGCCCUCCAUUCCAAAUAUUCCACAGCAUUUCGGGCGAGGUAUGAGGAGUCGUUCCCCCUUGUGACGUCCGGAAUACGUUUCCGAGGGAUCCCUUGCCUCAGCCCUGAAAAUCAUGAGCAAAGGAUCGUUAGCUUCCUCAAUGUAUCCAAACCCCAUGAUAAUUCCGGUCGAUCCCGUCAUUGACUCACUUCGCCU